GCCGCCGCCCCCGAGUGACAGCGGCAUGUGCGGGGCGGCUAUAAAUGCCGUCGGUGAGUGACAGGGCGGGCAGCGGCGGCGGGGGCAGGGGCAGGCGCAGCCCGGGUACGGCCAUGGGCUCGUCGCGCCGGGCCUUCGCUGGCCUCUACGGGCCAGGAACGGGCAGCAUCGAGGGGGCGGAGGAGGCCGAGAACGCGGCCUGGGCCUCCCGGCCCAACCGGCGCAGCUACCUUCUGGGCAUCCGACCCCAGAACAGGAGCACCUUCUGCGCAAUCAUUACUCAGCUGACGGAGGAAACCCAGCCACUCUUUGAAACCACUAUCAAAUCCCGCUCUGUGUCCGAGGACUCUGAUGCUAAAUUCACGUGCAUAGUGACAGGGUACCCGCAGCCAGAGGUGACGUGGUACAAGGAUGAUGAGGAGAUGGACCGCUACUGUGGCUUACCCAAGUACCAGAUAUUCCGCCAUGGAAAUCACCACACUCUGCAGCUGUAUAAGUGCCAAGAAGAAGAUGCAGGCAUUUACCAGGCCUCAGCUAGGAAUAACAAAGGCAUUGUGUCCUGCUCUGGUGUGCUGGAAGUAGGAACCAUGACGGAGUUCAAAAUCCAUCAGAAAUGGUUUGACAAAAUUAAGAGAAAAGCUGAAGAGAAGCUGCGAGAGAUAGAACAGGGCAAGAAACGUGGGAAAGAAAAUGUAGAAGUGGAGAAGGUGCAAGGAAUGAGCCCCGAUCGACUCCAGAGGAAGCGGAGGCUGGCCAGGGAUCUGAAUCUCCAGUCAGGAUCCUCUCCGUGGGAGAAGGAAGAUGCAGCAAAGGUGCACGUCGCUGACUCUCAGUCCAGAUUACGUGAGGAUAUGGCUGAGCCGAAGGAGCAGGUGGCCAGUGCCAUGAUGGGCUUCCCAAACACACUGGUGGCACCUCUGAAAGCUGAGGUGACCACCAACGGAGAUGCCACUUUGCAAAGCGUGGAGGACAAUGGGAACAACUUUCUCAAAUACAUCUAUGAGACGGUGGAGGACCUGGCGACUAAGCCAGUGGCCAAAGACUCUGCAGCCAAAAAGAAGAAGAAGGUGGAGGCAGCAAAGCAGGAAGUUCCCAAGCGAGAAGAAGGUGGACGAGACAGGUCCAACCCCUCUCCAAAUCCACGGUUUGGGCCUCCCGUCCCCUUGCGCAGGAACACGCGUUUGAGGGCGGCAAAUGAUCAAGAAGGGGAAAAUGGUCAAAAAACCAAAGACCCUGGGAAAACUGUGAAUCAGGACACUAAAAUCAAUGGUGAAGUGCACUUCUCUUUGAAAGAGAUGUAUUUUGGUAAGCAAAUGAAGGCGGCAGCUGGGAAGGAGGAAGCAGGAGCCAAGGAAGAGGCUGCGAGCGAGGCUGCCCUGCAGCCUGUGGCAGUUGGCAGACAGACGGAAGAUGCUCUGUCAUCCUCAGAGGUCUCGGAGGCAGGAUCUGUGCUCCCCGAGGCACAGAAAGCCCAGCACCAAGCACAGAAGUCAGAGAGAGACAAAGCUGUCGGUCCAGAGGUUACAGCAGUGGUGGAGCAGUCAGCUGGUGACGCAAACCACCCAGUAUCUGGUCCAUCCACAGAGAGCGGUCAGCAAGCCAGUAAAUCAGAGAAGCUCAGGAAAGAGACACUCGCCUGCCAGGAGACAUGGGGGGCUGGGAAAAGGACAAACCCUCAGCUGAGCCCUCAGGAGCCAUCAAAGCCACCAGCACCUUCUCCAGAUCGUGUGCAGUCUAAUGAGGAGUACUCUUCCCCUAGGAAGCAGACAGGAGAACAUUCCCAGGCUCCUGAGGGCAGAGAGACCCAACAAGAACUGUUAAAUCAAAAGGACAAAAGCCAAGGUGAGGAAGAGCCAGUACUAAAGACAUCAAGUGCUCCAGACCCUGAAGAAAAUACUUAUCUUGAGCAAAUCACACAUCAGGCAGCAGCCAAGGAUGGGAAGAGCAGAGCGACAGGAGCAGAGCUGCCUGGGAGCCAUCCCACUGCUGGCACAAGACAGAGUCACUCAGCAGAGCCACCUCCUGGGGCUGUGCACAGGGAGGCAGGAGGGACACCCUUGGCACAUGGCAGGCCUGGGAUGCCAGCUCCUGCUUCAGAUCAACCUGCCAAGGAAGAGCUGCGUCCCACUCCUGCGGCAGGGAUGUCAGUGGCUGAGGAGGCCCCGCUUGUGCCUAGCAGUGCCCCAGGGAUGGAGGCCUCAGCAGGAGAGGUCCCAUCCAGGACCCAGCUGCUGCCUCCUCCAAGCAGAGAAGUGGAAGUCAAAAAGCCAGAUGGAUCUGCCCCGCAAAAGAAGUUUUCAGCAUGCACCUUAGAGGAGGAGGGUGCCAAACCAGCACCUAUGGGACCUCAGGGGAAGGAAGGAGGAGAGCAGACAGACGCAUCUCAGCACCAGGAGCCACAAGUCCCACUGCUCCUGCCCAGCCCUGAGAGACCUCAGGAGAUGUCUUUGGAGGAGAAGAUGCAGCACAAAAACCUUGUUUCCUCCUUGAAGAACUAUCUGUUGCUGCUUCUAAAGAUGUCAGAUGGCAGUAAGAAGUCCACAAAAGCAGACACUGACCCUGGGGACAAGGAGCAGCCUGAUGCAGAAGAAGUUGUGCUCCCAGAGGUAGGCAUUGCAGGCCUGAGCCCCCGCACCUCAAGGAGAGUUUUGGAAAAGGUACAAAACAAUGAGCUCUUCCAGACAGCAGAGAACUUACCUCUGACCCCCAGGACAUCCAGGCGGAUCACAGGCAUGCUCAACGAGGAGUUUGUUACUAGCCAGGAGAUGCUGGCCUGCAGGCCAGUGCCACCAAAGAGACGUUCCCGGGUUGCUGCGGAGGCAGAGGGGCUGCCCCAGCUCUUGGUGCCCUCCAUCGUGGUGGGCAGUGUGCCAGCAGCGGGAGCAGAGCAGCCUCCUAAUUCUUAUGAUUUGCCGCCAGUGAGCACUGAGAAAGAGAGUCCUGGUGAGCCUUUGGCAGUGCUCCCUUGUGCCACACCAGAGGAGCUGGCUUCCGGGGCCCGGCGCAAAAUAUACCUCCCAAAAACCAAGCAGGUGGAAGGGGAAGAGGAGGCAAGCCCAGAGAGCCCGGGGCAUGUGACAAGUCCUACUGUUUUGCCAUGGCACUCAAGGAAGGCGUCUCUGCAGCUGUUGCCAGCCCAGGCUCCAGCCCCUCCUGUGGAGCAGCACUCGCCUGCCCUACCAAGGAAGAUGGCCAUGCUGGAGGUUCCCAAGCUGUAUGAGGAGCCUGCAGGCAACAGCGGUGGGAAUCUUGAAGGCCCUGAAGAUGCUAAGCCAGAAGCACAGCCAGCAGAGUCCAAGAAAGCAAAUAACCCAUUCAAAGCUCCACAGGUCAUUCGCAAGAUCAGGGCAGAACAAUUUUCUGAUGCAUCGGGAAACCUGAAACUUUGGUGCCAGUUCUUCAACAUUUUGAGUGAUUCUAAGCUGCUGUGGUACAAGGACGAGUUCCCUGUAGCAGAAGCCCAACGGAGUGCUGGUGACGAGACCCAGGCAGCCCUGGCUAUUGUGCAGGCAUCCAAGAAGGACUGCGGGGUCUACCGGUGCGUCAUCAGCAACGAGUACGGCACCAACUCCACCGACUUCCUGCUCAGCCCAGAAGUGCUGUCGGGACUUGUCUUGCGGGAAGAGAUGGAAGUGGGAGAGGAGAUCGAGAUGACGCCCAUGGUGUUUGCCAAGGGCCUGGCUGACGCAGGCUACUGGGGGGAUAAGCUCUUUGGGCGUGUGGUGAGUGAGGAUGUGGAGGUGGGUGCCGGUUUCCUGCGCAAAGCCUGCCGUGCCAGAGCCAUCUACGGCCUGGAGCCCGUCUUUGAGUCUGGCCGCACCUGCGUCAUCAAAGUGCACAAUUUCAUUGUCUUUGGGACCAAAAAUGAGAACAGCCUCAUCGAGAAGAACUACGACAUCACCAUCCAGGAAUGUAAAACCCAGAACUCCAGCCGUGAGUACUGCAAGAUCUUUGCUGCUGAGGCACGAGCUGUCCCAGACUUUGGAGCAGUGCCCGAGAUAAUUCCUCUGUACCUGAUUUACCGACCGGCCAACAACAUCCCUUAUGCCACGAUGGAGGAAGACUUGGGUGAGCCCUGUGAGCAGUACUGUGUCACUGAGAGAGACGGCAGCCUGGUGGCACGAGGCACCUCGGAGAUUGUACUCAAGUGCUGCACCUUCCAGCACUGGGUCUACCAGUGGACAAACGGAAAUAUCCUCGUGACUGACAUGGAAGGGGUGGGCUGGAAGCUGACCAACGUGAGGAUUGCUACCAACCUGAAAGGGUACCAGGGGCUGAAGGAAAGCUGUUCCCCCUCCCUGUUGGAGCAGUUCACAGCCGCUCACCAGUGCAACCGCUACUGCAGCAUCCUGGGCCUGAAGACGCUGGAGCCAGCCAAGCCCAAGGGUUCCAAGAGCCCCUCCUUGGGUAGGAAAUCUGCCCAGUCCAGCCCCCAGAUCCAGAAGAAGGGACUGGCAAGUCCCCAGGGCACCCGCAAAGCUGCUGUGAGCCCCCGGAGCUCCCGGAGAGCUGCAGAAACAAGGGAGACCCCGUCAGCCACCAGACCCGGGUCAGGAGAGAGUGGCAGGUCUGGCCGCCUGCAGUAGCUGCGGGUCCUGUGGCUGGGCCUCCCCUACUCCAGCCCCUGGCCCGAGCAGCCUGCAGGCAGCCUGCAGCCCUGCUGGGGAGGGGAGGCCCCGGCAGUGGCCGCUGCCUCGGCGCUGCUCCCCCUGGCUCCGACCGCGGCCCACGGUGACCGUGUGGUGUGGUGUGUGCUGGUGCGGGCAGCUCGGCUGGGGCCACAGGGGCUGCGAGCCCCGGGCUCCUUCGCCAGUGCCUCCCUACUGGAGCUGCUAAUGGUGGUGGAGCCUGUGGGGCUGUGCGCCCCUCCACGCUCCGGCUCGCUUUCCUCUCUCGACUCUCCCUGAUUGCCUGUCUUCAGGCAGAGGCUGUCAGAUGUGCUCCCUUGGGCUUUGCAGGUGCCAUUUUCCCUGCCAGGCUCCUGUGAGCAAAUUGGGAAUCCGGGCGGCCCCCCUCACUCCCAGCACCUCACGUCCCUCUCUGUGUCCUCCAUAAAACAACUACUCCAAACCCCACGGGGGUGUGAACCCUGGCAAUGCCCAGGCACGUUCAUGUGCCUCAGUACACGGGGAUGGAAAAGGUUUUGCUGCCAUGGGGUUUAGUGGGGAGCCACAGGGCUCACAGGGGUGGAUUUUGUGCCUCUGCCCUCCCCUGUGCCCCGGGGCAGGUGCUGAGCUCAUCAAUGCUGCUGUGGGUGCCAGCUGGCCCCACGUCAGGAUGCUCUACCUCACACGGGACACCCGAAGCUGGGCGAAGUGGAGUCCUGACCCCCAUGCUGGGAGCUGCUUUAGCAAGUAUGGCUGCCCAGCCCACGGGACUUGCUCCUCCUUGCCUACCUGCCAUCUGCAGACCCCUAUGCCCUGCCCAGCCCCACAGCAAGCCCUGGUCAUGCUUAGCAUCACCCCUGCUCAGCAUAUGCUGCACAUGGUGGCAGCGAUGAUCACGCUGGAACGACGUGCCCAGCUUUGCCUUGCUCCCUUCUGGCCGUUGACUCGCUCAGGCAUGUAGCAGCCGGCCAAGAAUGGUGGUGGCAAGCCAGGCUCACAGUCCCCAGCCCUGCCCACGGCGGCUCACUGCAGAGUAUUGCCUUCCCUCAGGCGCUGGAGGAGGGUGCUGGGUGCCCGUGGUGCCACCACCCUCCAUGCUGGUGUCUGGGAGCAGGUGGCUGGAGGAGGGCCUGGGCCAGGCGAGAGCGCGGCAUGCGCUGGGGUCCUGGUGCUUCGCUGUUGGGUCAUUGUAAAAUAACAAUGUACAUAAGAAGGCCGCGUGGGCGGAUGGAUGCUCUCCUGUGCAAUAAAGAGAGAAGG